AUGUCCCUGGGUGCACUAUGGCGACACUACAGUGUCCGCGUGGAUGACGUAUAUGCAGUGAAGUUACAACCGGACUACGUUGAUGGGCAGGGCUUUGUGAAGAUGACGACGGUAGAGAAGCUGUUCGUCCAGAUCUUCGAGCGAAAGAACAGGAUAAUUCAACAAGUCAAGCAACAAACAGACUUGUACAAUCAACACCUUGCUUCGAAAUGUCUCAUUGAUGGAAUCACCCCUCCUUCGUGGCUGUGGAACCCUAAUUUUCACUCUCAAGCCUCAGAUCCGAAAGGUGCGCUGUUACAACCGGACUACGUUGAUGGGCAGGGCUUUGUGAAGAUGACGACGGUAGAGAAGCUGUUCGUCCAGAUCUUCGAGCGAAAGAACAGGAUAAUUCAACAAGUCAAGCAACAAACAGACUUGUACAAUCAACACCUUGCUUCGAAAUGUCUCAUUGAUGGAAUCACCCCUCCUUCGUGGCUGUGGAACCCUAAUUUUCACUCUCAAGCCUCAGAUCCGAAAGAACUGAAGAAAGAAGAUCUGAUUUCUGAGCUCCUACUUCCACAUCUACAACCUACAGUCACUUCCUUUAGUAGUCAUUGCUAUCUGUAUGGCAAGCCCAUUGUUACAGGUGAUAAUGAAGAGCUAUCACGCAUGGAAACCCAGGCUUUCCACAGGGAUCUCAAUGCAGAAGAUGGGCCAAGCACAAUGUCCGAGUGCCAUGAGAAUAACAUGGAAUGUGCCUUAAAUACAGUUCCUGAGAUUGAUGUUAGUGUUACCUCUCCCCAAAAUCAAGCGGAAUUAAGCAUCUCAAACACUUAUACUGCACAAGAUCAGUCACUGGCUAGAAUUCAAAGGUCCAGGUCAAGGCAAAAGGCUUUAGAGCUUCGCAAUAGUGCAAAAAAUGUAGCUAAAAGUCUUUUAAGACAUGAAAAUAACACCAAUGUUUCUUGUGAGAUGACAUUGCCCAGGAUUGCUUCCCAACAGACUGAUCAUAUAGAUGAGUUGGGGCAAUUGGCCAGAAAUUCUGAUGUUGGUAGCGGAAGUUGUUCAGUGAGGGAAGCAGAAGAAAGAGUUUGUCUGAAUAAUGAAAAGGACACCAGCAUUUACUGUGGUAGAAUUACAAGAUCUAGAAGCUCUUGCAGAGAACGCAGCUGUGGGAAUGAUGCUAUGAGUUUAGAUAUCUCUUCGGAUAAUGUUAAGAAAGAUAGUGGUACACUAGAACGAUCUACAGUUAAUUCACUGCAGCACUGUAACAGUGUUAAUGAGUUAUUAGAAGUCGUAAACCCUUUUGAUGUCACUACUGAAGAUUGCAUAGUUAGAAAAGCAAUAACAGGAGUUUGCAGGGACAAGGAAGAAAGCGGAAAUGUUUAUGGUAGUAGAAUUACAAGAUCUAGGACUUCUAGCCAACCACCUAGUUGUCUGAACGAGUCUUCAAGGCUUGACGUUACCACUUGUAGUGCCAAGGCAGAUGGUAAUAUGCUUGCUCAGUUAAACAGCAAAUCAAUAUGCCACCUUGAUGAUGACAAUAACUUGCAGAAAUUGGCCCAACCUUCUGGUGAGUUUAGUGGUAGAAGGACAAGGUCGCAAACUACUUUGAAUGAAGGAAUAUCGACGUCGAUCAAGACUUCCAGUAUUCUCAAUCCUGGAGCUCAAUCAUCCAAAUCAGGUGCUGCAAACAUUUCUCUACUUGCAAACUUGUUAAACAGGGCUGAAGGAUAUGAGCUUCAGAAUUUAUCAGGUGGUCAAGUAAUCAUUCCUUGUCCUGAAACCCAAGUUGUUGCUGAUCAGGAAGGAAUUGCUGAAACUGUAAUAGGGAUUGAGCUUGUUUCAGAUGAUAUAGUUGAAGAUCUGUCCAUCAGCAGGUCUAACUUGGAUGGGGCAAAUCAAAGUACGGGGUUGGAAGGCUUGGUAACAAGGCCUGCCCCUGAUUGUUGUAUGUUUGUGAAACCCAAGCAACUGGACUUUGAUGACAUGGAAGUUCAUAGCUUGAAUGAAACUUUUGGUCCUAACUUUGAGAACAGUAUGUUGGGCAAAUCAUCAGAAAAGAUGUGUUGGCUUCUGUCAGAGACAGUAGCAUCAGUGGAUAGAGAAACAUCUGAUGACCUCAACGGGAAAACUUGGGAGAAGCAUUCACUGGUGAAGCCGACCAUCUCAAGAGAACCUGAGGACGUUUGGAGGGGUUCUUUUGAUGCUGUUGUUGAAGGUGCUGUUCAAAUGAAGAAAUCUGGAACUACUAUGAGCGAGGAUUCUAUGCCAAAGAGUAUCAGAGACAACUCUGAGGCCAUCCAGCAUAUUCAGAACUCUCCAGUUUGUCACGACACGGAUGUUGCACUAUCGAAUGUUAAUAAGAGCUUUGAUGUAGAAGGGAAUCAGGUGAAAUCUCUUUCAACAGAAAGGUUUAAGUCUUCACGGGAGCUGCGAAUUGAAGAGGGUGAACGUGGUUAUGAAGGAAUGGAUAGAAGUGCAACCGCCUCUUAUUUUUUCAGAGGCAACCACUUAGAGGCACCCGAGGUCUCAAGCUUGACCAAACAUGCUACUGGAGAUUUCCAAGAUUGCUCAGAUGAGGAAGUGGGAACGGCAGAUCUAACUUGUGCUUUCAUUGAUGCAAACAGUCAGUGUUGUGUGCAAGAUAAUCAAAAUUUGUUGCAUCUUGACAAUGUGCUUUAUUCCAGGAAUACAGGCAAUUUGGCUUGUAGUAUAAAAAGCCCGGAUGUAAAGACCUCUCAUCAGAGAGAGGAUGGCUUGCUUACAUAUGGUUCAGUUGGGGCUCCACAUUGUGAGGAUGAGAACCUAAGUUUGAACAUAAGGGAAAUACAACUUGAAAAAAAGUCCUCUUCGCCAGACACAAGUUUCAGCUCUGCCAAACUGGGUUCAUGGCCUCAGUUGAAGAGGAGAAAGAUUGAGGAUCAACUGACUAAUUCCUUCUCUGCUUCCCCAAGCUUUAGGGUGCAAAAGCUUUAUGGUGUUCAAGGGGAUCCUACAAGUAGAUGCAUGCAGAGUGUUGAAAAUAAUUCAGAAAUUGUUCUAAAAUUUGAAGACUUUCCAGUUUCUUGUGAUGCAUCACAAACAAAUGUCAAUAAGAGUUCUGCUGUUGGAAUGUGUCAGAAGUUGAAAUGCGAAUCGACAGAAGGAGUUGAGUCUUUGUUUGAGUUUCAAAGUGAAGAGGUUGAACUGAACUCUAAGGAGAGAGAUAAGAUUGCAGAGAUCCCUUUGGCAUUCACCCAUGAAUUAUUAGGGUCAUCCCUGGUCUCAAGUUUGAAUGAACGGGCAGCUCUUGGUUCAGAAAAUUGCUUGGUUCAGGAAGUGGGCAUGUCAGAUCCCAUUAGCACUGUUCUUGAUGCAAGAAAACACUCCAAAAAGCACAGUGACCAACUCUUAUUGCAUCUUGCGAAUAAAGUUAAUCAGAUAAAUGGUGAAGAUUUGACUUGUAUUGAGAGAUCCCAACGGGAAAGAAAAUUUCAUCUUGGGGAGGAUGGGCUACCUUCAUAUUGUGCAGUUCAGUCUCCACACAAUAUUGAUACUGACCAAACUCUGCCUGUGUUUGAGGGUUUCAUCAUAGAUCCGCAAACAGAGGAUGAAGAACCAGGUAUUGCUGAAGAUAGGAUCAACUUUGACAAACUUGACCUUCCAAGUUCCACAAUAGAACGUGCUAGUAUUUUGGAGCAGAUUUGCAAAUCUACCAGCAGGCAUACACCAUUGCCCCAUUUUUCCUCAACAUUUCAGUUUCAAAGAACCAAAGAUUUGCACCAAUCUGUACCGAAUGGAAUUCUUGAGCACAUGGAAUCAAGGAGCACUUUACUUCUAUGUGAUGAUGUUGGCAAACAGCUUUGGGCCAGUUAUGGUUGUAUGGAUGAAGUCAACACUCUUCGGGGUGUUUCAUAUUCUGAUUGCAUACCAUAUUCUGGUGCUCAAAUUGGUUGGAAUUCAAAAAAUCCAUGCACAUCUCCUGUUGGAAAGCUGUGGGAAAAUAUCUCAUCAAACUCUGGAAGUUCCGAGAAGCGCUUAAGCUCAAAUCCAGAGCUGAUUUGCUUCCCGAUUGAGGAAGAUUCCAAGCUGAUUUGCUUCCCGAUUGAGGAAGAUUCCAGUAUGAGUGAAGAAACUGAGAAUGCAGAUGAAGUGGCUAAUAAUACCCAAGAAGGCGUCAAUUCCACAGUGAUGAACCCAUCUGCCAAAAGAGAACCACUUGCUGAUGUAACAAAAGCAUGCUCAAAUCUUCCUCCAUUGGUUUGUGAAGCAGGAAAAUUUCCUGGUAGAGGUAGUGUAGAUUCGGUAAACACAGAAGUCAGCAUCACAGGUGCUCAUAAUAAGGUAAAACAGAAGCUUCAUAAUCGUUACAGCAAUAAGAGGAGAGGUACAAAUGAGGCAAAGGAGAACCAAGCCUUAUCAAUGGGCGCAAAUGAUGUUAAGAGGCCUAAUGUAUCACUCCAUAACAGGUUUAGUAAGCCAAAGUUAUCAAGUAAAACUAGUUUGAAGAAAGGUGGUGUAAAGAGACUCUCAGAGAAGGAACAUAAGCAUAACAACAUAGUUUCGAGUAUAACGUCUUUCAUUCCACUAGUUCAACAGAAAAAAGCCGAUGCAGUUUGUGCAGGGAAGAGAGACAUUAAAGUGAAAUCUCUGGAGGCUGCUGAAGCUGCAAAACGCCUUGAAGAAAGAAAACAGAAUGAACGUAAGACAAAGAAAGAAGAAUUGAAGCUUGAGCGAGCACGAUUGCAACAAGACAAUUUGAGGCAAAUGGAGUUAAAUAAGAGAAAGAAAGAGGAGGAACAGAAGAAAAAAGAGGCUGAUGCAGCGGCAAGGAAGAGAGUGAGAGAUGAAGAAGAGCAGAAGGAGAGGGAAAGGAAAAGAAAGCGGAUUGAAACACGGCGACAUCAGAGAGAUCAAGUGGAACAGUUAUGUGGUGGGAAGGUGGAGAAAGAAAGACAUUGCAGCACUGUAGAUGAGAAAAGGGAUCAGAAAAUGGAAAACGAAAGAGAAGAUGUCUUGAAAAAUCCUGAGACUCGAGCAAGGACAGGUGUAAUUUUGGCCAGUGAUGUCCAACAAGGUGGCUCUGCUUGUAAGGAUUGUGAUGCAUCUAUUGAUUCUCGCGGCAAUGGGAAGGAAAUGAGCAUGUUGGAUAAAUCAACUAAGAAUGACUUGGUUACCAAGACAAGUCCAGAAAAAUCGUACGAGAUUUCUCCUUAUCAUUGCUCAGAUGACGAAGAAGCGGAAGAAGAGGACGACGUACCUUCUAAAAAAUUUACUCCUCCAUGGGCCAGUAAAAACCGUGUGGCUCUGGUUAUUUCCUCGCAGCAAAAAAUUGACCCUGACGUAAUAUUUCCACUAGAAAGCUUUUGCAGUAUGGAUGAAGUUCUCCUGCCCCGAAAGCUACAACAGAAAUAA